GCAUCAGUUCAUAUUUAAUGUGAUUUGCCGUGAUACCUCGCGCCCCCCAGUACAGUGCGGACAGCACGGUGUUUUGUAUUAGAUACGCAUUCGCAGACAAGGAAUAACCAUUGGGAGCCGUCACCUGAUCUGUUGUCCAUCAGUCAGUCUGGCUAAAUGCAGCGAGCGUGUUCAAGUCUCCGCCUUCACCUGGAAACCGGGGAGGUAUCCGUUUACGUGUCGCCUCACCUGGUCUAUUCAACGGCGUUCUUGCUUGUGACGAAUGAUACCAGUUGACUGUGGACUACCGGAAAUAUCUGCUUGCUUUUCACUAGCAUUCACCGUGCGUGAAUUAGACCGUGUUCCCCUCCGGCAAGUAAGUUGCCAUUUGUUUUCUUUUGGUUGGCCUCAGUUGGUCAAAAGAAAAAAGAGAGAGAGAGAAAGAGAGUGUGGGAGCAAAUGCAAGGAAAAACGGCGGUGAUUCGGCGUUUUAACAGCCAAUAAAAAGGCCUGUUUUAUUUUGUACUAUUGCACUUUAUAUUGUAUCCUGCACAAGAUGCCUGUCCAAAUCCCGGACGACACGGAUUUCACUUCUUUCAAAGAACAAUGCGAAAACCACGAGGGAUGGCUGGCCCGCUACAACAAGGGAGGCGUGACCGUGUGGUGCAGAGCGGAGGAGUGCAACACGGUGCAGAAACUCAAGAUGCGGAUCACGUGUAAGGACGUGCGGGCGGAUACGGUGUAUGACGUCCUCCAUGACACCAGCUACCGCAAGAAGUGGGACACCAACAUGAUUGACACCUACGAUAUCGGACGACUCACCGUCAAUGCAGACGUUGGCUACUACUCCUGGAAGUGUCCGAGUCCACUGAAGAACCGAGACUUUGUAACCAUGAGAUCCUGGUUACCACUCGGCAACGACUACCUCAUAAUCAACUACUCUGUCAAACACCCCCAACACCCUCCCAAGAAGGACUACGUCAGAGCAGUCUCGCUGCUCACCGGCUACCUGAUCCAGUCCAACGGGCCAAGUAGCUGCACUCUCUACUACCUGACCCAGGUAGACCCCAAAGGAUCCCUGCCCAAGUGGGUGGUCAACAGGGCGUCCCAGUUUGUCGCUCCGAAGGCCAUGAAGAAGAUCUACAAGGCGUCCCUGAAGUACCCCGAGUGGAAGCGGAAGCACAACCCCGGCCUGAAGCCCUGGAUGUAUCCCGAGCAGAACACCCUGCCCUGCGUCAGCGUGGCCGACCUGACGCUGCAGCGCGCAGACUCCCUGGAGAACAUCGACGAGAGCAGCCUCAACGAGGAGAAGGCUCACCACAGCGAGGAAGAGGACUGAGAGGAGGAGGAGGAGGCUCACCACAGCGAGGAAGAGGACUGAGAGGAGGAGGAGGAGGAGGAUCACCACAGCGAGGAGGAGGUGGAGGAGGAGGCUCACCACAGCCAGGAAGAGGAGGAGGAAGAGGACUGAGGAGGACUGAGGAGGAGGCGGGAAGCUGCUGUUGUUUUCGUUAGCGAUCGUUCCCCUUGCUUUCGCAAUCUGUUCUGAGUGACAGAUUUUCUGAGAAUAGGAUUUGAGUGUUUGGCCCACUGACUAAGCGUCUGUCUGACUAGUCUUGUGUGACUAGUCUGUCUUGACGGAUUUCUGUCUGUCUGACUGACUUCCAGUCUGUCUUUCUGAUAGUCCAUCAGGAUGACAUGAUUGUGUGUCUGUCCGUCUAUCUCGGUCUAAUCUUUCUGUCUGUCAAUUAAGUUUAUUUUCUUCUCUUUGCAAGUUGAGGAGGGAGGGAGGAAGAGAGAGUGAGAAAUAAACAUGACCUCUGCAUGUAUACAACAUUUCAGACAGAUGUGAAUGCAUGUUGAUUCGGUUCCUCUGAGUGUGAAAUGCUGCUAACUUCCAGGAACAUUCUGUAAUACUCAUUUAUUUUGUCUGACCGUUUAACUGAAACUAGUUUUUUUCCUAUCAAGCCUCAGCAAGAUUGUUUUUUCCUUCUAUUUGAGUAUGUAAAUAUGAUAUUAUAUAUGAUAUUUAGUUUCCUUAUGCAGUGAGAUAAUUAUAUAAUAAAUAAACUAUCAGUUUCUUAAUAUGCAGUGCCCUCUAGUGGUGAAGUUAUGUAACUCCGUGCAUGAUUGCCUUAGAAGUGGAAUGGGAUGUGCACUAUAACAUAGGGGCUUAAAAGCUACCCUUCGCGCUUGUGCGACUGAUUUUCAGGGUGUACUUGGAUUGGUUAAUAGAUUGUGUAAUUUGUUUGUAUAUGAUUACAGUAAGCAAAAUACUUGAACUCGCCUACGGGGCAGACUACAGUAUCCAAAACAGACGACAGAAGGCUUCUACAAGAUAGCGUGAAUGACAUGUACAGAGAAUGGUAACACAGCAAAUCUCAGGGGAUGGGGAACAACGGGCAAUCCCGUUGUUGAUGUAAAGACGUUUCCCCGUUUGUCAAUAAACCUAUUUUUCUGUCUCAUAA